GAAAAAGUCCAAAGUUGUCGUCGAUUGCGCUGCCAGAUACUGUGGAAUAUUGCGCCCAUCGUCGUCACACUCCUCUUAUUUGCGCACGAUCGUUCUUUUAAAUUACUGUUUUCCAGUAUAUUUGUUCGUGGAUCAUUUCGGGCGAGCAAUUUAUCCCUAAGCAGCAUGUCGGAGCAGAAGCGUGUGGCCAUUAUAGGCUCGGGGAACUGGGGCAGUGCCAUUGCGGCGGUGAUCGGGGGGAAUCUGCAGAAGGAGCAGACCAAGUUCCACCGUGAAGUGCGCAUGUGGGUUUUCGAGGAGAUGAUUAACGGGCGCAAGUUGACGGAGAUUAUCAACCAGGAUCAUGAGAACGUCAAGUACCUCCCUGGCCAGAAGCUCCCGGAGAAUGUCAUCGCCGAGCCGGACAUCCUGAAAGCAGCGGAGGACGCGGAUCUGCUGGUCUUCGUCCUGCCGCACCAGUUCAUCGCGCGCAGCUGCAAGCAGCUGGUGGGGAAGGUGAAGAGCGGCGCCAUCGCGCUGUCCCUGGUCAAGGGUCUGAAUAAUCCCGAACCGGGCAAGAUCGGGCUCAUCUCCGACAUCAUCAAGGAACAGCUGGGCGUCGAGGUCGGCGUGCUCAUGGGCGCCAACAUCGCCAACGAGGUGGCCGCCGGAUCCUUCUGCGAGACCACCAUCGCCUUCAAGAAUGUAGAACACGGCCGAUUAUUCCGCGACGCGAUUCAGACGGAGAACUUCCGCGUGACGGUGGUGAAUGACGUGGCCAAUGCGGAAUUGUCAGGCGCAUUAAAGAACAUUGUGGCGUUCGCGGCGGGAUUAAUUGACGGACUGUAUGGAGAAAAAGCCGGCAACACGAAAGCGGCGGUGAUCCGACUGGGAAUCAUGGAGAUGAUCGAUUUCGCCGAGAAGUUCUUCCCGGGCGGAUCCCGCGAGACCUUCCUGGAGAGCUGCGGUGUGGCCGACGUCAUUACGUCGUCCUUCGGCGGACGCAACCGCAAGUGCGCGGAGGCCUUCGCCAAACAGCCCGACAAGACGGUGAAGCAGCUGCAGGACGAGAUGCUGAACGGGCAGCUGCUGCAGGGCCCCGGGACCGCCGAGGAGGUCAACCACUUCCUGAAGGCCAAGGGCCGCGAGAACGAGUUCCCCCUCUUCACCACCGUCCACCGCAUCUGUGUCAAGGAGAUCCCGGCCAAGGAGCUGCUGGACCACCUCCGCAACCAUCCCGUCCACAAGUGAAACACCCCCCGUUCUGGACGCGGACUGGUUCCCCGUUGUGUGACACCUUUGCGUGUGUUUUGAGGCCAAAAUGUUGACGAAUGUUUCGGGUGGCGAGAUGUGUCCCUUUUCUGAUCAAGUGCCCAUGAUACAGUGUCGGUCUGUUUUAAGAGUUUAGCAUGUUCUGGUUAAAUUAUCGGGAAUUUUGUAGGUGGUGUUGGGUGUUGAUUGUGUUUAAUAGUGGUGAAGUGUUGAGUGUUGUUUUUUUGCUCCCGGAAGAACUGAUCGACUGAAAUCAAAAUCGUUUGCUACAAGUAAA